GCCAUAGGGUAUAAAAAGGGAAGUGAUCGGAAUGAUUAUAUUACUGCAUUCACUUUUGCUGUCGUAUGACCAUCAAUAAAGAGGUAACUUGCUGUAAUUUUAUUUACUGUCUCAUCAUGCGUCGAUUAUUAGUCACUUUUACGUCGACGCUUUUCGUCCUCACAAUAUUUGAAUCGGUGGGGUCGAGCCCUUACUCAAAGAAUAUUGAGGGGAAUUACAAGACGGAACCGGAUCACGAAACAGGAGUGAAGGUAGCACAAUGGACCAAGGAAAUGAAGGUGAAUCCUGAGGAAUUGGGUAACUACUUCCAGGGAGAUAUCAUGCUUUCAAAUAGAACCACAAGAAAUGGCGAUGCUAACCCAUUUAGCCGUUGGCCUAAUCGCAUUAUUCCCUACAUCAUUUCUGGUCAAUUCAGUCAGGAUCAAAAGAAUAUGAUAUCUCGUGCGAUGGACGAAUUUCAUCGUAAGACAUGCAUACGAUUUGUACUACGGAACGGCCACAAAGAUUUUAUCGACUUCCAAAACAAAAAUAUUGGAUGCUGGAGUUGGAUUGGCAGGCAAGGCGGUGGACAAAAUUUGAACUUGCAGACUCCU